UUUCAUUCUUUGGUUGCUAACAUUGAAUUCUGGCAUUCGAUUUAGCACUACCUGUGUGCCACAAACUGUAAGUUUCUUUUCUACAGUAGUAAAUUUAAGUUAAUUGUUACAUGAUGCAACGUGAUUUAAUUUUACAUAUCACGAAGGGUUCUGUAACAGCAACUUGGUGUAUAUGCGAUUGCACAAAAAGACAAAAGAAGAAUUCAAAUUGUGUGAUAUAACACCCCAGUUUCACUUCUCACUUCACAGUUCACAGAAAGACAAAAUACGAACUAAAAUUAGGUGGUAGUGGCUCUCAACUAAACUGAUAAGUAGUCUGCAAUGACAGAUUCUUGGGUUUUCUUUUGGGGGGGGGGGGUGGUUGGGUUUGAUCUGUGAUAGUUUGAUAUGCAUUGUUUGUUAAUGAAGUGAAGUAAUAACUCUUUUCUAAAAACUCCUAUAAUUUCUGUUUGCCUCCCUUUAACAGAAGGUCAUAACCCAUCCAAGUUUGCUUCUUGAGGCACAAUAUCCAUAAUCCAUUUUGUUUCCUGUUGGUUUCCUCUUCUAAAAUAUCUUGUAACUUUUAACAUAUUUAUCAAUCUUUAGAUUAUCUGGAGACAAAUGGCAGCUGAGCUUGUGAACGCUGCAACAAGUGAGAAACUGGCUGAAAUUGAUUGGAUAAAAAAUAUUGAAAUCUGUGAAUUAGUUGCUCAAGAUCAAAGGCAAGCUAGAGAUGUUGUUAAGGCUAUCAAAAAGAGACUGAGUAGCAAAAACCCUGAUGCUCAACUUUAUGCAGUCAUGUCAGAUUUGCCAGUACGAGAGCGGAUAUUUCUCCUGCUAGAUGCCACACAAACUUCCCUUGGUGGUGCUUCUGGAAAGUUUCCCCAGUAUUAUCAUGCAUAUUAUGACUUGGUGAGUGCUGGGGUGCAGUUUUCUCAGGGUGCUCAAGUUGUCCAAUCAACUCAUCCCAUUUCACAACCAAGCCCAACUAAUAAUGCACUGAAUGGGGAGCAGGCCUCACCUAGAGUCGAAGGGAUCGGUCAGCAAGCUGAGUCUCAGGCUGUUCCUGAAUCUAGCAUUAUUCAAAAGGCUGGUAAUGCAUUGGAAGUUCUAAAAGAAGUCCUCGAUGCUGUUGAUACUCAGCAUCCUGAGGGCGCAAGGGAUGAGUUCACCCUUGACCUUGUGGAACAAUGUUCAUUUCAGAAGCAAAGGAUCAUGCAUCUGGUGAUGAGUUCUCGAGAUGAAGGGAUAGUUUCUCAAGCAAUUGAAUUAAACGAGCAACUUCAGAAAGUUCUUUCUAGGCAUGAAGACCUUCUUUCAGGCAGAGCUACUACGACAACUGCUAAUCGUUUUGAACAUGAAGUCGAGGAGGAAGAGGAAGAGGAGACCGAACAGUUAUUCCGAAGAAGAUUACGCAAAGGAAAGGCUCGUGCAAGGCCUGAAAAUGAACAGACUUCAUCCGAGUUACCUCCUUUGAGUGUGCUUGGGGAAAGACUGAAUCGUCCGCUGAUAAGACCGCUCCCCGUGGAGCCAUCUCGAGAAGCUGAGAUUCGAUCUUCACCAGCUGUAAAUUCACUGCCAAACGCAAAUCAUGUCGAUAGGGAGCCUUCUCGUGUUGCAAUUCCUCCCCCACCUGCAAAGCACAUGGAAAGGGAGAGAUUUUUCCAGAAAAGCAAGGCGGAUGGUUCUAAUUUGGCUGGCCACAUGGAUGGUCUCUCCAUACACAGUCGCAAUGGCAGUCACUCACACGGCGGAAGCUUUGAUUCCAGUGACUGAUAUACGAACAAAAGGCCCUGCUUUUCUUCAUUUUAUCCCUUUUUAUCAUUCAAAGUGGGGUUUGAAGUUUUAAAGAUUUCUGUUUUAGGCUCCGUGGGUUCAGUGUGAAAGGGAAGUAAAAAGACGAAGAACAAACCUUGAGUUCGUGGAAGUAUGGAACGUGGGUUUUGUGUCAUUACCAUUUGUACUUCUUCGUGGGCAGUUUUUUUUUUUUUUUGCGUUAAUAGUUUAUAGGGUGCCACAUAUUAUCUUUUUACCUCCUUGCCUAUAAUUUUUGUUAAAUUCCUUAAAAUUAUAGUCGAGUUUGUAAUUAUUUUUUA